CUAACUUGAUAAAAUGGACACAUAUUAUAAAUGUUCUUUAUUAAUAGCCUUCUUUUAAGCCCUUUCAUACCACUAUGGCAACGGCGAAUGAUGACAACAGUAUAUCAGAAUACGAAGAAUACAAGUGGUGCACUCAGGAUUGCAAUAUAACUCUCCGACACGCACCUCACAUUGGUAUCCAAGAUGAGUAUGAGAAUGUCGUUGAAUGGCUUACUUUUUCAAAAGAUAUGGAAACGGUAUUCAUUCCUGGCGAAAGACGAAUACGGAUGCCUAUUAAAGAAUGGCAGGGUGGUGAUAGAAAAGAGAAACAUCUUCUUUCGACGGAAAUUGAGAAAUUAUCUCACAAAAUAAAAGAAACCUCAAUAAAACGGAUACUUAUUCCUCUGGUGAUUACAGGAUCCGGAUGGCCUGCUGUUAAGAUACUGCAACCGUUUUUGUUUUACAUACAUUUAUACAGAGGAUGCACACUCACAUUUUGCCAUCCAGACGAGAGGGAAUUUAUUUCUAUGAUGAAAAUAAUCGAUAGUUUUCUGAAAGGUGUAGAAUUGAAAGAAAAAGAGCCUGAGGCACAAUCUGACACUCUUCUUGUGGCUCAACAUUAUAUCGAAUGUGCAACAUGUGGAGAAUAUGCAAAGCUUUAUUGCAAUACAUGCCAUAAGAAUGUUUGCGAAAAGUGUGCUGACGCCCAUCUGAAAGUUGAAGAGUAUAGCGAUCACGAGAUAGUGAUAUAUAAAGAUAGGAGACGACAGAUACCCUUGGAAAGCUGCAGAAGUCAUCCAGGAAAAAAUUUAGAUUUGUGUUGUUUUGAAUGUCAGAGAGCCCUUUGUUCAAAGUGUGCCACAAAACUUGACCACACAGGUCACAAAUUUCUCGAUUUAGAAAUAACUUACGCUGAAAAAAUUCAAAAUGCUGAAAAAAUAAUUGCCGACAUUGAGAAUAACCUCAUUCCUAAGUCGGAAAAAUAUAUUUCGAAAAUCAACCGAAAAAUUGCACGGUUUCAACGUCAGUCAGUAUUUGUUCGUAGGGUAAUGGAGGACGAUUUGCAAAAUAUAAAGAGAGUUGUAGAAAAAGUCUACAAAAUGAAACUGAUGGAACUAGAAAACUUGGAAAAGGACCUUUCUGAUGAACUCAAUAAAGAAAAGAAAUUAGCAGAGGGCUAUUCAGAUUUUUUGAGCCAACUUCUGGGAAAAUAUAAGGAAACUAUAAAACGCAAAAAGCCUUCGGAAUUAAUUAUAUUGGUAAACUCUACUACUAUUCCAGAGAUCCCUAAAUCAAAGAAGGAAAAGGAUGUUGUAUAUACAAAAGGAAAAUGUUUUACAACAAUAACAAACAUUUUUGGAAAUCUUUCGGUGCAAGCGUCAAAGGGUACCAAAGUCUAAUACGAAAAUUAUUA